AUGAUUGGAACCGUCAUAUGUGUACUAUUAGUUGCAUACGCUAAUGCACAAUCGCAAACAUUUGGACCAGAUGAUUGUGGUUUGAGACCACUUGUAAAUAAGGUUGUAGGUGGUGUAGUAGCCAAAGUUGGUGAUUGGCCAUGGUCCGGUUCCUUACUAUCGAAUGGUCGUCACAUCUGUGGUGGUUCAUUAAUAAAAGGAACCUGGUUUAUCACAGCAGCGCAUUGUGUGACUAAUACAAAUCCCGCAAACUAUAGAGUUCAACUUGGUAUUCAUGAUCGUACAAUACCGGAAUCUUGGGUUAAAACGUAUACUGUUAAACGUGUUAUUUCUCAUCCAUCAUAUAACAGCCGUCUAAUUCAAAAUGAUAUUGCUCUUCUAGAAUUAACUACUACUGCUGAACCUUACAAUGAAUAUAUUCUUCCUGUAUGUAUGCCACAAGAAACAGAGGAUUUUCAACUUAAAAAAUCUGUUGCAACUGGAUGGGGUUCAACUUAUUCAGGUGGAUCAGUAACACGUUUUCAUUAUGAAGUCGAGAUGCCUGUAUUGGCUGAUGCCGAAUGUAAAGCUAAGUUUGGUGGCUCAAAUAACAUGUUAAAUCCGGCCUCACAAGUAUGCGCUGGACACACUGGUGAAGAUAAAGACACAUGCCAAGGUGACUCAGGUGGUCCAUUAGUUUGUGAAUCAAAUGGCAGAUGGAAACUUGCUGGUCUUACAUCAUGGGUACGUCUAUAA